GACCGCGGGGCCGAGCGAGCGCUGAGCUGACAGUAGGCCGGCGACGUCACAGUGGGCCGGUUGAGCCUUCCUUCGUUCGAUUCAGGCAGGCUCUCUAUUCAUUUUACAUGUAGCAAGCAGGGUUGCGGGGUGCAGUUCAGACAUGGGAAGUGAGCAUUACUGCCUGAGGUGGAACAAUCAUCAGAGCAACUUGCUGGGUGUGUUCAGUCAACUGCUGGAGUCGGAGUCGCUGGUGGACGUGACACUGGCGUGCACGGAGGGACCUUCGAUACGUGCCCACAAGGUAGUCCUCUCCGCGUGCUCCAGCUAUUUCCAGGCCCUAUUCCUCGACCACCCGAACCGCCACCCCAUAGUCAUCCUAAAGGACGUACGUUUCGCCGAGCUACGUACCCUCGUCGACUUCAUGUACAAGGGCGAAGUAAACGUCGAGUACUGCCAGCUAUCGGCCCUCCUAAAGACAGCGGAGAGCCUUAAGGUGAAGGGUCUAGCGGAUAUGACGAACAUCAACGCGGCGGUAGCGUCGAGGGACGAGCAACAACAGCAGCAGCAGCAACAACAGCAACAACAGCAGCAACAACCGCAACAACAACAGCAGCAACAACAACAACACACGAGCACAUCCGAGGGUAUACAACGCGAGACAUCGCGAGAACAUCACCGUGAACGUGAAAGUAUAAAGGAAGCGAGCAAUAAGGAGAGAGACAGGGAAGGAAAUACAUCCGGUGGCACGGGUUUGCCAUCGGCAGGAGUGAAAGAAUGCGAGCAACCCCAACAAAACGUAGCCCAACCACCCACCAGCGAGUCGACCGAGGCGGUAGACAUGACGGAUUGUCCGGCAUCGCCCACCGGACCCGGUAGCCCUUGUCCAGGACCUUUGGCCCUUGAUCGACCUAGGAGGGAUUCCGAAGAUGCCGCAAGUUUAGAAGAAACGAGGGGUUCCCUUAGUCCGAUCUCGGUGCACAGUGGACCGUCGGAUAUGAGUCUAAGUAACAAUACAGGAAGCACGCCUGGCGUGCUACCGUUGAACUUACCACAGAGCCGGCUUCCGUCCCCGCACAGUACAGAGCCUCUCGCGGGUCCGUCGGGGUUACCCCCGGUCCAACAAGUUCCACUUUCGUUAAAAAAAGAGAUGGACUGGGAAAGGUCGACCGAAGAGCGCAGUGCGAGCAGCGAAAUAUCCACGGAUUACAGACUCCCACCAGAUCCGGUGUCGCUGGCCCUCGGUUUGGAUGCAGGAGGUUGGGGUGCCCUGGUGGAACGCACGAGUGGCGGCGGCGGAAGCGGUUCCCUGCUAGGUCACGGCGGUUUCGCCGGUCUGGCGGGGUUGGCGCGUCGCUGCGGCGUCUGUCUGGCUACGUUUCCUUCCGCCUGGUUGCUGGAACGGCACGCGUUGCUUCAGCACGCCGGCCAGGCUAGCGACGACAAACCAUUCACCUGCGAGCAAUGCGGCCAACGCUACCGUUACCGAUCCGCUUACGUGAAACACCGGGAGCAAAACCAUCGGGCCCGCCUACCGGCCGAUAAGCUCUUCACCUGCGACGUCUGCGGCAUGCAGUUUAGGUACCUAAAGUCCUUCAAGAAGCACCGACUGAACCACGCGUUGGAACGAUUGCAACGAGCUCCGGAGCCUCAGAGUAGCGCGAUGACGGUGUCCGCGGCUGCAGAGAGAAGCGACCAGGUGUCCAGCACCGGGGAACCAUCGCAGGUGGAGACAGGGAGCGACACCACUACCAAUCCAGGUGAGGAAGAGACGCGGGGAACCUUCAAUGAAAAUGCUCGCGAAGAGAGCAUCUCUGAGACAGCCAGCGUGCAGGAGAAUCCCGGCGAGGCUGUCGAGGUUCAAAUGACCGAGGCUCCUACAGGAAACAGCAGAUCAGCCGGUGGUACCAGCGAGGUUGGCGACACGGAUGACAACGCUGUGGACGACGAUCGUUCCGAACACACGGAUCCUGUGAUCAGCCUGGCUCGCAGCAGUCACGAGGUUGACAGGCGCGAACGUCGCUUCGCCUGCCCCUUUUGCGGUAAGUGCGUCCGUUCGAAGGAGAACCUGAAACUCCACGUACGUAAGCACACCGGCGAACGACCGUUCGUCUGUCUCUUCUGCGGACGCGCGUUCGGCGGAAAAAGCGACCUUACUAGGCAUCUUCGUAUCCAUACCGGAGAGAGGCCGUAUCACUGCGAAAUGUGCGGCAAAUGUUUCGCCAGGGCGGAUUAUUUGUCCAAGCAUCUCACCACCCAUAUACACCAACGCUAAACUGCGUGGAUUGUACGGACGUUCUUGUCACUCGCUGCGGCGUCUUCUAGCUCGGGUGUUUAGGGAUUCUGCGAUAGCGAAAAGGGUUGUUCUAAGUGGAUGAAUUUCGAUUGUGAGCGAAUCGACUCCUCGAAGUACGCAAUCGCCACAAAGAUAUUUCGAUGUUGCAAGUUUUUCUUUAGGUAGUAGCUAAUCGUGGCGAUUCUUGCUUUACGCGCACCGCUUCAGGGACCGACAGCGAAUCACUUGUAUACAACGAUCGUAGAAAAACGAAUUAUUUUAACCGCGAUGCUUGCGUAUUGUGUAUCGUUGAACGCGUUUGUUACAUCCCGCGGAACACCCUUUCCGUGUCAGAGAUACUCGAAGAAACGAGACAACGACGUAAGAAAAAUAACGAAGCUUCAUUCAUGUAGAAUUCGCCCGAUCAUCGAGUAAAAGAUCGUAACAAGGGGCGAGCAGACAGGUGAGAGAACGUCAACGUACGCAAAGGUAGUUUUCGAAGGUUCGUCCACGCGAGAUGUCCGCUCUUCUCAGAGUCGAACGAGAGAAAUUCUGGCGUGAAACUUCGGAGGAUGCGGGAGAUCGGCAUAUUUUUAAGAUAACGUUAAACUACGCUUCGCAAACUUCGCGUCUUCGGAUCCAUUUUUCGAGGCUCGUUCAACUUGCGAUUUUUUUUUUCACGAGUUCUUUCCUCUCUCUGGUGCGUAAUCGAAGAAAAGGAAGAUUCGAGAAACGUCUAGAGCGCGAUAAGAAGAGGAGAACCACGUAUCCAUCCAGCCAUUUUUGCCCAUCGAGACGAGUCAAUUACAGAAGAAGAGUGGAAAUGAAGAAAUCGUCGACGACGAUGGCUGUACACGCGUGAUUGUAAUCUUAUCACGAGCGUGUAAGAGAAUAGAAGAACGAAGUGAACGAAGAAAAACGAAAGUGGAAGAAGGUCGAAGAUUUCUACUUAACGUUAGUGAGACUAAUUUGUGAUAAAGGAUUCGAAACCAAAGAACGCGACGGACGUCGACGACGACGGCUCGUUUUUGUUGUCUUCUUCGUCUUCGUGCACCACCGACGAGCGAUCUACUCGUUUACGUAAUAGCUGUCAGCGUAAUCGAUGCGAUUUUUAUACAGUGCACGCGAUAACGAUCAUUCUUCCCUAUGCCACGCAGUCGAGGACACGUCGCGACUCCUGGUUGGACGGGAAGUAUCUCCUGAAUGGAAAUCUAGUGGAAAAAUAUGUAACGUCUAGUAUAACGUUUAUGAUUGAUAUAUUGGCCCCGAUUCCGUGACAAUUUAAUAUGAAAAAUGUGACCCUUUUGAUCAAAUUUUUUUUAUGGAACUUUAUCGUAGAAUAGUUAAAAAAAAACGAAUACGAUGCAAGAUUUCCCUUAUAUUUACGAGUUAACGUUUGAAUCAUUAGGUGCAAUUGGAUUUUUUAAGUUGAUUUAACCCUUAACUAGUACUGUCAGAUCCAGAUAAUACUUUGUGUGUUAUAAAUAUUGUCAUGAUUUCACUCUCAAGUAAUAUGUGACUUAAAUAUGUUGAAAAUUGUUGAUCAGUUCGAAUUUUAUAGUUGCGUAUCCCGGAAGACGGAUGCUCUUUUUCUAAAUUUCUCAAUCGUAUUACCCGAAUGUACGAUAAAUAUCCAAUUUCUUAAAGAAACAAGACACGCGUCUGUAAGUAUUAUCUAUCAAGAGAGUAAAACAAACAUAAAUUUGAAGAAAUAAUAUUUGUAACAUCAUCGUAUUUCUCACCUUCUAAUUUAUGAGGUUGAUCGUUGUGGCUUCCGAGCGACUCAAUUAUAACUUACAAGCGAAGGUUUACAUUUUUUAUCCAGCCUAGAACUUCGGUAAAGAGUUAACAUGCUUCUAUUUCACUGUAACUAGUUAAGGGUAACUUGCUUUACUCGCAUCCUUACAGUUUCGUUCUUUUUAUUCCAUUAAUCUAAAGAAACAGCGGAAUUGCUGGUAUAAUGAUGCAGAAGAGUGGUAUCUUUGGACCGGAUUGAUAUUUAUCUUCAUCCAAGCAACAUUUUAGCUAGUCUUCGAUCGAUCUUACCGUGCCUUUUGCAUUAUUUCCGACUCGAUCGCGUUUCUCUAUUGUUCGAAAAUUCCCUGAAUUCCAAGAAAACCUGUGAAGGAACAUAGACGAGGAUUAAUUGAACUCCUCUCGAUUUGAUCCUUUUGUUUCAAUCUGAGAUUCUAUUAUUUGAAUAAAAAAUGAUAAAUCGUGGCGAGAAAAUAAUCAGAUAAAUGAAAUAAACGUAAAUUUCUUAUUUAGAAAUAUGCAAUGAUGGAUACAAAAGACACGGUUUAUAGAAUUUUAGGUGGUAGUUUAAUGGGGAUUAGACAAACUACUUAAUUGUUUGACUGCAAGUAUCGCGAAAUAUUGAAUUUCAAGAAUUAAUUAACAAAAGCUGCGCUAGAAACAUAAUCCGUGUUAUACGUGUAGCUCGAGAUUAUUCGUUACAAGUGGAGGAUUCUCGCAGCAGCAUCUCACGAGAAACAAUCAUGUUUGCUAUUCUUCCUCUGAAAUUAAUUAGCCACUCUGGUCUACAGCCUAGACUGCGAAUAUCACGAGUAGUUUCCUCCUUCACAAUUUCACCUGAAAUAGCGUCUGCUUGCGUCUUUAUGUUUUCUAUCCUUAAAACAAAUAAUAAAGACACGUCACACGUGGAAGGAGUAACGAGAGUGGUUAAACAAAUACCGUGAUAUUUGGCAGUCGAUUAAUUACGAGAAAAAUAAUUCAAUUUACGCUAUAAUUAUUUUCUUAAUUUGUCCUCGAACUUGUUUCAUUAACCAAACGACGUAUUCUAUUGCGCGAGAUUAGCUUAACUUAAGUAUCAUUACGAGAUACCAAAUUAAAAAAGUAAUCGUUUAAAAAGUAAUCGCAUAAGAAUUUUCGCUCCUCAACCUGACAGUCAGACAUUUCAAAGAAUAUAAUCAAUGAGUCCAACUCAACGAAAUACUAAAUUUAACAAAUGACCAUGUAAAAAGUAAUUACAUUGAAACUGCCACCUUUCGAUCUAACAACAUCGAACGUUCGAUGCUCAAAGAUUUAAAACAUUUUACAGAAUACGAAGAGAAGAAUAAAUUAAAACGACAAUUGUUUAAACGAUAAAUUACAUUGAAACGAUCAACACGAUGAUUCGAAAUAUUCCAAAGAAUACCAUUCUCUAUAAUCAAUCGAUCUAUUGAACUAUUGCAUAUACCUAUAAUACAGAGAUGAAAAGAUAGCAAAAAGAAUAGGGAUGUGAUGGACCGAACGUGUCACAUAUGCAAAUAAGACAGCGUAAGAACGCGUAACGAUGAGCGACAGAGAGCAAUACUUGCUUCCUUUGCACCAGUGCUAUCCCGCUAGUCAUUUUUCUAGCUCUGCGCUACGGUAUCUAUGUAACUUCUACGAUCAAUCGAUCGUAACUCUUGUCGCCGGUGGUCAAAAGACGUUGCAUACAAUUGAAAGAAACGAUAGACUUCAGGUCCAAAGGACGCAGCGACGCGUUCAACGUUAGCAUGGAUGCGAAGGAUAGGCGCGAAUCAUGCCAGGCCCUUCUCGGAAGCGUUGCCGGUGCCUUGGAAAGCCAGCCGUGUAUCCUUUUUAAACCUAGCGAUCUAGCAAUAAAGCGUGUGUUUUCCGUUCUAGCCGUCACGCAAGUAGAAAAAGAAAACCGACCAGGACACCGUGUAUUAUCACACGGUCUCCGCGGUUCUUUCAAAAACCUCUUCUUAGCCAAUUGUGUCCAUUUUGCUGUUUACGUGUAUAUAUAUAUGUAUGUCCCUGAUACGUGUACGCAUAUAUAUACAUACACAUGCAUAUACAUACAAAUACACAUCGAUGAAACGAUAGAUCGUCCAGAAUGCACAUAUGCGCGAGCGCAGAAACGAGAGUGCCGGCUCAUUCUCUUGGGACCUGGUCUCGCAAGCGAGUUCACAUCGUCGUUCCACUCGUUUCCAUAAUUCCGAGGAUUCCGAGCAUACAACGUAUGUAUAUAUAUGUAUGUGUGUGUUUACAUAUAUACAUAUAUAUAUAUAUAUAUGUAUUUACAUACAUACAUAUACAAACAACGUUACUCGAAUCCUCGAGGUUCGCCGAAAAUACAUUUACACUUGUUAGUCGUUCGUAUAGCGUUCGCUCAUCUCCCAUCGGACGCUGGAUCGCUGUCGAUCGCGAGAUCGACCAACAACUUCCGUCCGGUUCCCUGACCGGGAUUUUGCGAUCGAAUUUGAACCUCUCGUCGCGUCUUAACUAUUCACAAGGCUACGAUAACUACUCGCCUGGUGAACAGGCUGCAGAGAGAGAGAGAGAGAGUGAGAUGGAGAGGGAUUGAGACAACGAGAGAGGGAGAGAAAGAGAGAGAGAGAGAGAGAGAUGGAUCCGUGGAUAGAAACGUCGACGAUGGACGCGUCCACCGGUGGGAACGAAGAUCGAUCACUUGGACGGAUGGUAAAUUAUUCGGCGCGUUAUUCCGUCUUCUAAAAUAGACAUUAAAUUAAGGAUAAGUAAUGAGAUCUACAGCGAUCGUUGUUGCAAACGUGCCGUCCCAGUGCCAAUGUCUCGUUUACUUUUCGUGAAAGUUAUCGCAUAGCUUGCGUCGAUCUUUCGCCGUCCUGGUGAUCGAGAUCUGCUUUGAAGUAGCUGCGUGAUAUAGGAACGACGAGAGAAAUUCUUGGUUCGGUCGUGGGCGAUUUGAGCUGUUUUUAACGACACGGGAUACUGCGACUGUUACUUGUCCCCGGGAGAACGUGGGAUAUGAUAUAGCUGUGAAAGAUGCGUAAACAGAAGGUUCUUCUAUAUUUUAUUCUUGUACACAACUUGCCUCGUUUUAGCGAACGCUGUGAUUUCGUGAUCGUUGCUCAAACCUGAAACCGAGAGCGGAAAUGCUGGGAGACCGAUAGCUCUUUGCGUUCCAUCCUAGCGAAUUUAAUAGAGUUUUUACUUUGUAAUUUUUCGUUAGUCGCAGGUAUUACAUAUUGAUGCAACAAUUAUUUCUGACUUACAACGUACGUAUAGUUUACACCUCGUAUUUUCGAAUAUUUACCAACUCUUAACGCUUAGACGCUUUUUUCUCUGUAAAUAAUUAAGAAAAUAUUAAUAUCCUUGACUCUUUACAAAGAUCAUCUUACGAAAAUGCUUCUGACUUUACAGCAUAUAAAAAUGUAAUUCUACACGCAGAUAGAUAAAGAAAGUAUAACGUCGUAAAGAAUAACUUUGUAAUUCAGAAGUAAUGAAAUCGUAGUAGUAUGAAUAUUCAUUUUCGAUAUCGAAUUUCUUCAUCGCUACGUGUUACCCGAAUUAACGAAUUAUUUGAACGAAGAAACCAAGAAACGUUAACCGAUAGUUUCUCUGUCGAUUAUUCGAAUUUCGCCAAGUCGAACGCAAAGAGCAAAAUCCCCGGAUCGACCGCGGUUUCGUACCAAGUUCAAGUCGAUCUUUCACCCGUAUGGAUCCCACGUCGCGGCGCACUUCGCUUCUGUAAUUUCCGGGGACACGCGAUUACGUCGCUCGUCUUUGCACCCGCGAAAAUGGGAAAAGAAUGCGGCAUCGGUUAAUCGAAGAAAGUCUCGCGAGUCCGACCACGAUGUACGAAGAACGACAUUAAGAAAGAAAAAUGGAGGAGAAGUAAACCAGGCUCGAUUCUUGCGAGGUCAGUUUGCCCAAAUUCCGUCAGAAUUAACGUUUAGUCAUUUAGCUAGUAAUUUACGACGUACUUGCUGCUGUGUGUAUCGCGCAUUCGUGAAACGAAGUCGAAUAACGAAGGUGCUAUCUAAGAGAAUAGAAUGAUCGUGGCCCGGCAGCCAGGAACGACGAAGACAAAAUGACCGCUCGCGGGAAGAAGGUGCCAAAGAAAAAGACUAUAAUAACGAAUACUUACCUAUUACACGAAAGAGGCUCGUGUGUUAGACGAGGAACAGAGUCGACCUAUAAUAUAAAUAAUGGAGAAAAAAAGAAAGAAAUUUCGAGCCUCGCAUUUCCCUGCGAGCGGACUGGUCCGGCGCCGCGAUGACUCGGUUUAGUCGAUAAAUUACGUAUAUUAUGUUAUAUAUAUAUAUAUAGUCGAGUCGAUUAAAGGUGUAAGUUUUACAACGCGAAGCGAAUAAUCAUCGUCCCACGAUGGACGAAUGAACGAAGGAAGGCGAACAUAUUAGGUUGACUUGAAAAAGUGAACCGAAAGGGAGAAACUAUUAAGGAAGAAAAACUAAACGAAAGAAGCGGAUAUAAGCGAAUAGAGAACAUGUCCAACGAAUGUCAACGAGUUUCAAACAAGCAAACAAAUAAACAGAAUUAAAGGAAACGAAGAAAAAUAAGAACAUUUGCGCGCGUAGGGAGGAAAGGGAAAAAUAGAGGAAAUUAAAAUGAAGCUAAAAGAAAAAGUAGCGGAGGAAAAUGAUAAACUAAGAAAAAAACAAAAAUAAAACGAACGAAGAAGAAGGAGAAUGAAGAGGCGCGAAUAUAGAAGAUACAAACACGGCGAGACUUUUAAUUUACGCUGGUUUGUCCAUCUCGUGCGGUCUCUCGAAAAGAACAAAAAAGAAAAAAAAAAACGCGACGGUCGACAGGACCGCGUAUCGUGUCCGUCUCUCGCGCGUGAUUAACGAUCCAAGGAUUAAGGAAAAUAGUUCCAUGACGCCUGAUGCCUCUGUUAGCUUUUAUACAGGCAGCCACGUCCGCCCGCUGCCGCUCCAUUUCCACUGCACGCCAGAUUUACUGCGUUAUGGACGGCCGAGGGAAGCUGCAAAUCGUUCUGUCACUGAAAGACCGACUGUGCUUGACGUUUCCUGCUCCGCCGUGGUACGACCGACCGUGCUUCGAGGAUCGUUCUCUGUACGGGAGAAACUACCCCUUGCAAUUCGCGAUCGCGAUCCUUACGUCAUCCGAUUACCUUCCUUUUUUUAACAUAUUUUUAAUAGAUUCGAAGGGUUUAUGAAUUUGCGAGUUUGCAGAAUAUUUGAUAGAUUAGGUGAUCGUGUAAUAGAGUUCACGGUGAACUAUUUAACUCUGGUCUGAUCUUAAGUCAAAUCAUUGGUCGUAGGUUAUUACCGUAACAGAGUUUGAGGAUAAUUUUAGGAUAUUUAAUUUGAACACUGUGUCGGCUAUCAGUGUGUAUCGAUAAGAUUUCACUGAGAUCGAAGUUCGUGUAUUCUUCAAAUAUUUCGAGAAUUCGUGAUCAUUUUAACGUCAGUUCCUUCGUUUACUUCUUAAGCUACACCGUUUGUGAUGAAAACGAUAUUGUUUAAUCUGUGAUACCGGUAUCUUGAAUAAGAAAGUAUUUUCUUGAAUUUCGAUAGAUUCCGUAGAUCUUCGAUUCGAAUAUCGAACGAUGAUUGUAACGAUAUUAGGAAGAGAAACGAGUGAUUUUUAAAAAUUACUUGUGCAACGAAAGCUAUCUAUAGGUAUAUUCUUUAAACUGUGAUAUCGAUACCUUUAAAUGAUAAAAGAAAUAUUUAUUUAGCGUACUAGUGUCGUUCAGUCUGGAAUGACUAACGAAUAUUUAGAUCAGUUUAGUCUGUAUAGCUUGAAAAAUGAGUUUCAUAUCUGGUAGCGUUAUUUUAUCUUCGUCACCUCCUUUAUUUCCAUCCGUCCUUUUAAACGGUGUGGGAAUGAAUGUGUUAGAGUUAUGAUUACAAAAAUCGAAACACAAAACGGUGUUAUAUUAGCAAAUAUUUUCAACAGAUACUCGUGCAAAUAUUUAGACAGCUAGAAUUUGGUAUGGAAAUAUAUAUAGUAAUAUUAACGGGGAAUAAAUGAAACGUGCUAAGGGAACAGCUCGAAAAUUGUCCGAUAAAACGAACACCCUGAUCGCGUGUUUCAUCUUUGUCGAGAUGCAACAUUAUGAAACGAAUAGGAGCAUUUUUAUUGGAUAAUUAUUAUCGAAUUUAUUGUUAAAUUUACAAUGUGCGGAUUGUUAUGCAUUUAUGGGGAGAUUUAAAGACGAAAGUGUGAAGAUGCACGGAAUGCAAAUAAUAUAAAAAAAUUGUCAAAAUAUGACGCUCCAAGUUCUAUUCGAUUUAAGUUAAGCGUAUUUAUAAAAAUACGAACUUGCAUAAAAAUCCGCAGUCUUCUGAUUUAUAUUCAAAAUUGCUCGAUACGAAUUUCUGACAAACUUGGUAUUACAACGGUGCCAAAUAUUGCAAUGAAAUGGAACGUUAGAUAUUAAACGAAUAGCGAUUAUGCUAUUCGAUCAUGCAUACGUAAAAUGAUAAGAAAUUGCAUUUAUCAUCUUAGUUAAAAGCUUAACAUGAACACCAUUAUGCGUUAGAUAGCGUGUUCAGAAAACUUAUCAACGAAUGCAGAAGAGAUCUAUGUCUUUAUCUUUACAUUAGUCAUGUUCAUUUUCUCUUAUUAAUUUCGCUAACUGAAUUGCUCUAUCUAUUCUAGCAUACGGAUUGGUCUUAGAGUAACAAGUACUUUACAUUAUUAAUUUCGAGAAAAUUUUUUUCACGAAUAUAUUUUAACAAUCAACGUGUGAUAAUCGGACCUAUUUUAAAUAUCGACUGUUUAAAUAUAUUACAAUUCCGAAAUACAUUUCACGUGAUCAAUUCGACUAAUUUGAUAGUUGCGUAACUAUUAUAAUUUGAUAUUGAUUGACAACGAACGAUAUAUAUAUAUUUUAUACAAGCACAAUCUGUAAUAACGACAUAUGCAACAGUGAUAAUAUUUUAUAACGAUUACUAUUACAUAUGUGAUAUCGAAAUAUCGACUCGAAUUUUAGCUAGCUUUUAUUAUCAAGGUACUAAGUAAACGUUUGAUUUACUGUGAUAACAUGAUAGAUGAUAUGAAAUAGUACAAGAACAAAGGGGUCGUACGAGAAUUUUUACAAGAAUUUAAUUCACCAACUGUGAAAGCAAUUUUUCGUUUAAAAGCACGCGUGUCAUUUUUGUAUUCUUGCACGAUAGAUGCAAGAUCGCAUGUUAUAUAACAAAUAACACAUUGUGUAUCGGAGUUAUAUAUUUUUCGAAUAAUGCGUAUUUCCAGGAAUUUUUAAUACAAAUUCUACGCACUUAUUUAUUUAAAAACUAACUUCUUUACUUUACUUUUCAUAUAUUUUAAUGGGAUUUAUGUAAAUAUAAAUAUCAUGUGUGAUUAUUUAAUGCUUCUUUCAAAUAUGGUCAAAUAUAUGAAGUAAAGUAAAUGCUUUGAUGAGACAGGACAUCGCAUGCUUUGUAGAUAUGCAAUUGAUGGAAGCGAUAUAGCGAGGUUAUCAAACAGGUCAGAUGUUAAAGUUUACACGUUUCAGAAGCAAGAACAGCAGAAUAUAUGAGAAGAUAUGCCACAGCUCGUAAUUACUUCUCUCUUUGCAAAAUAUAUUUUAAAGUAUACUGUAUGUCAUAUAAUUUAGAAGGGAAAUUAUAAUUGGCUAAAAAGAUAAAUCAUUUGUUACCUUGCAGAAAUUUCGAAUUGAUAAUUCUCCAGUAAGUUUACGAAUUUUACAAAAAGAUAACACGAAACGUAUUUUAACGUUGAAACGAACAUAGCUGUCAAUAGUCUACAAAAUUUGAUUAUACAAUUCGUCUCUCAUUUACACAAUGUGUUGAUUUAUAACCAGAAACCGCGUGAAGUCAAACUACUUACUAUCUUUUCAACCUCGGUUAAUAAAAUUUAAUUAUACUCAUUCGAGUCUAUUCGUAAUAUUUAAGUGGAAUGGAGAAGGAAAGAUACAGCUCACGAAAGCGUUUGACCAUUUAUCAUAGGAAACUUCUAUAUCCUAUUGUAUGUAUUAUGUAAAACUUUUUGAAAUUUCAUUAGCUCUGCAGCGAGACACAACAGUCACGUUUAUAUUGAUAAAAUUUGAAACCAACUUGAAAAAUGUAGGUAUUACGAAACAUUUACGUCAAACAUAUAUUUGGUAAAAUAAUUAGCAUGCAGCAUAGAUAAAUAUCUUAAGAGUAUAAUAAAAAUUAAAAAGAAUUCCACCGAAUAUCGAGGCUUAUUUAAUAUAACGAAUAAUUGACCAUUCAAAUAUUUUUAUCGUCUCUGUACAUACUUGUAUCAAAUGUGUAUCUUGUAACUUUUAUUUACAUUUCCAGAUUUGUUUCUAAAUUGACCGAUAUAAUCGCAAUGCUGGAAUCUCUUUAUAGCGCCAAUAUAAUUUCAAAGUAUUACGUACAACACACACAAUAUAUUUCUAACAGGUUUCUAUAAAUGUUGGCAUACUUUCACGAGCCACCGUGGAUGAAACUCGAUCACAGUUGUGUUCCUAUCGAGUGAAUCGAUAGCGAAAACUAGUCCUUUGACCGGGAGAAAAUCAAAGGGCGAAAGUCGCCUCGCACUCUUCCAAUUUGCCAAAUCACAAAGUUAAAAUCGUCAAUGGUGCUCUAGUCGAGGUUUCGCAGCCCGUCCAAAUUACGAGAGCGAUUUUUUCGCCGGUCUCUCUACUCGACCUAGAAAACAAAAACCCACAAAGAUUCUUCCGAUAACUCUUCUGUGACGGCGCGGUAAAAUCUUCAUAUCCCGCGGAAAAAAACAUUCCCGCGGGACCGUGUGUCCGGCAAAAGAGGAACGAGAAAAACAGAUGUCACGGAGAAGAGGAUGAGCCACGCGUUGUCACGUUUUUCACAGACGUGAGAACUUCCGGUUUUACACCGUUACACUUGAAAUUUCACGUAUUCUUUCUGUGCAGUGUAGUAAUUCUACGGGAAUCGUCGAUUUACACUUUCGAAAGUCUACUUUUUCUGUUUUCCAUGGCCUUAUAGGGAAGAUAUUGGUAAUAAUUGAACCGAGGAUAUGUUUCUGCAUUUAUGGGAAAUUUAACGCUACUAUAUAAAACUAUCGACGACUAGAGCAUAAAUCUUGUAACUAGUGAAAUUUUAAGGAAAGAUAUACGAAGGAAUAAUAUAGUGUAAGAAUAAAAUCGUCAAAAAUGUCGUUGUCUUAAAUCCAACAGAUUUUCAUGUCUAUUUUUAAUUCGAGAUUAUAUGGGAAGAAUAUGAUAAGUCAAGUUCCGUUAAUCUUCUGACUUUUAUGUCAUUUGAUGGUUAAUAAAAAGAAUGUUAAUACGAGACAGAUAAAAAGGGGAGAAAGGGGAGUUUAGAGAAAAUACAAGACGUUUCUCUCUAAAAUAGGAAGCUUUCAAUUUUCGUAAGUUUACAGCAUUCUUGCUUCUGUUCUACGGAAAUGAAACGCCCACGCGUUUUUAAUCUCAAAAUACGAUUGUUCGAAAAAUAGAACAGUAACUGUUCAGCCAAUAUCUUAAGCGAUUAUUCGGAACUUGAAUUGAGAUUAGUAUCGUAAAAUCACUGUUUGGUAGAACCAUCAGAUUUAGGAAAAACGUAUAGUUGAAAUAAAUUUCAUUUUUAUAGUCUUUACGAACAAAAUGUAAUGUUGAAAUGAUUUAUUUACUUCAACAAUAUCGGCGAUUUUGAUGUAAUAAUUAUUUCUGAUCUUGAAAUUUUAACUUUUAAAUUGAUACAGUUUGUUUCUGGAUAUUUUCAUAGUAAUAAUAUCAUUUUGCGAUAUUCAUACCUAUCGACGAUGCCUCUGAUUCGUAACAAUCCGAUUCGAUCGAAUACGUGCGAUGCACCGAUUUGUAACAAAGAAAAUAAAGGCAGCUGCAUUCUGUUCUUGAAAAAAUGAUCACGAAGUAUUGACACCGCGUCGAGCCAAAAAUUUCCACGAAUAGAAGCAAAAACAGACACUCGACACGCCCCGUUGUGAAAUGCCAUCAAUCUUUCCAUUGACAGUGUUACAUCCAACCGAAUGUCUCGUAGUUCGAGUUUCCCAUGCCAAAAGAGGCUCAUGAAUAUCCAUCGUCUAGGUGAAAUUUAGGUUACCUAAUUCCAUUUGAUCUCAUUUUUCCUUCGAUCAAACGUUACAUAAUAUCGUUAGAAUUAUUUUAAAAUAGACGCGUAUGGAUAAAGUUUUCUCAAGGGAAUCUUCAGACUUCUCACAAUUCUCUUCAACGAAUCGUCAUUAUCCUUGUAUCCUUCGUACAAAAGGGGAUCCUUUUUCUUGGUCUUUCAGUUAUUACCGUCCUCUACCGUAACGAAAUAGGGAUUCCAACGUUUACGAUUUACUCUGCCGCUGUUCUCGAAUUUUUAUAUUUUAAUCUUCGUCUUAUUAUAAACAAUUUUAAUGUUUCAAUUGUAAUAUAGUAAAUAACAAUUGGUUGGUAUUUUGUUGAAGCUUGAGAUGCUACUUAACGUUAGAAAAACACGAUUAAGCCGAGCUUUUCCUUUCACUACGACGAACUAAAACUCGAAAGUUAGCGCGUAACACCCACCAUUCUAAAUAAUUUAAACUUCCUUCGUUUAAACUUUCUGUCGCUCCACCUCUAGCGUCGAAUUCUAUUCGUCGUCGCGAGUAAGCCGGUCUUUCUUCCUAUUUACCUCACGAUCCUCAGCGGCCUCUGCCGAACUGCAAUCACAGAAAGAAAACCAUAGACCACCUAUCUUUAUUCUCUGUUAACUUCCCAUCAAACUACCAAUACACGUUGUUAGCACGACAAAUACCGCAAAUACUCGCGAUCCUUUACCAUCUGCCUUCUGCUGAGGCAGAAGUUGCUUCGAUACGAAGAAAUAGUCGCAGUAGUGCGGCUUCUACCAAACUUCGGUUGCAACAAGAAGACGAAAAACCACCUAUUUCUAUUUUGCAACUACAACUUCCAAAUUUACUUUUUAACAUUCUCCAACGCCUUCGCUUUCCACCAAAGCACGACCAUCGAUGAUUACCACGAGAAACACGAAAAGUCCACGAUCCUCGCGACCUUCCUUUCGCCGAACGACCUUGACGUUAAAAAAUAACAAUGCGAUAAUGCGACUGCUACCAAACUUCGAUUCCAAAAGUAAGACGAAAAGCCAGCUAUCUUUACUCUUCGCCAAUUUCCAAAUUUACUCUAUACUCCACUCUUUAUCGAGCCACCACCACGAGAAACCUUAAAAGUCCACGAACCUCGCGAUCUUCCUUUCGCCGAAGCAGGGUUGGUCGAGCGAGGUCGCAUCGAUAUCGCGAAAUAAUGCAUCGGAUCCUCGUUUUAAGUUCGCCCCGAACUUACGACUGGGAUUCCAGGAAUCAAUUAAUCGUGACGCGGUGCGCGUUCAUGUGCAACUCUGCGUCAGUGUGCAUAAAGAGAGAACGAGGAGGAAGAGAGACAGAGACAGAGAGAAUAAGGUAAUAGAGAACAAAGAGGGGAAGAGGAGGGCAGACCAAGCGGAGUACGAAACGCAGGCCAAGUGGAAAGAGGGAAAGAGCGCGAUAGACCGAGCGUGUGACUCCGCAUCACGUUAGUUCGCGUGAUAGCCAACCGUCUUUCAAUCGAAGUCGGUAAAACGUACCUCCGAAAUGUGCACGGCAUAAUAUAUUCAACGCGAUUGUGUGUCCCGGCACAAAGGGAUCGCGAGCAAAACGGAAUGGAGCAAACCUGGGUUUUCCAGGGGCGCGCGAGCGCGCGUAUGGCCUCGGCACGGUUCCCGAGCCCAAUGGGGUGGGGCGAAGCUGGUUUUUCCGUCAUACGUCCACUAACGAAUAUAUCCGCGUGAUAUUUUUUUAUAGUUUACCUACGAGUGAUAUUUAUAUUUACGGAUAUAUUUACGCCAAGCGAUCCGUCUAUUUCAUGGCCUAUACGAGAACAAUGCGCGAGGGAGGAAAUCGGUGUUGGUGAAGGAACACGGGAACCGCGAGUCGAAAGCCUUCGCGCGAUUCUUAGAUAUCUUGUCUAAGUACGUUGUUACGAGGUCGAAAUUUCGAAUAUCUCGAGUAUUUGAUUUCGUUUCGUGUUGGUAUUUCUGUAUAGAAAUACUGUUUGUAGAUAUUUGGAUACGGUAACAAUAUUUGAGUACGGUCAGGGUAUACAGAGUGAAUCGACGAUUAAAAGUUACUCAUUUUCGUUUUUGGAACAAGCUCUAUUGAUUUAAUUUUUUAUUCAAAUACACAAAUAUUUGCACUCCCUUCGCUGUAUUUACAACUCUAUUUGUUUCAUUAUUGAUAUUUAACACGAGGCUGAGGUAAUAUUGAUACACACAUUCGACUUUGACCGAAGUAUGCAAGGUAGCGUUGAAUUAAUGACGAAAAUCUAUAUAUUUAUAGGUUUUAUACAAUUAAUUGUACUAAUCGAAUUUUUUAUGUCAUUCGAUGGCGCAAGAGACUGUAUUUAUAUAGAAACUCAUUUCGCUAUAUUUAUGUUUGAACUUGUUUCAUCAUUGAAAUUUAGCAGGAGGUUCAAAUAAUAUUGACGCACCUAUUCGAAUUUGAGCGAAAUGUUCUCUCUGUUUUAGGGGAACCUUUGCCGCGUAUAAAAUUGUUUUCGCGGUUGAAUUUUUCGAUGACUUCGAUGAUAUUACGAAUUUAAGUGUUUGUUUAUUCAGGAAGGCUUAAUACCGUUCACUGUCGUACAUUACCGUAUUCUGGCGAGCUGCAAAGCGAGCGAACACGUUAAUGUUUGUUUCGCAUUAAGUAGCGGUGUCGAUAAUUAACAUGUUCGCUGCGAUGCACACCAUUGAUGAUGCAUUAUUGGCUUUUCGUGUACACACAGCCUGCUGUCAGUACACCGUACUAUGCGACGUUGCAUGCGCACAUAGUUCUUACUUCUUACGAUCGUGAUUCUCUUCCAAUAAAUUACUAUUUAUUAUUAAAAACUUUUAGAGCAUAACUUUAGAGAAACUCGAAACUGAAUAGAUAUGUAUAUAACUGUACGUUUGAUUUCGAUCUUUAACACGACAUCGUUACUGUACAGUAAAUUUACGAUACGAUUAGAAUAUAGAAAUACACAUUAAAGAAUCGUGUAAGUAGAUAAAUCCUCGAACUUAUAGAAGAAAAUUUUUAUUCCUCGUUCUAAACAACUCGUCGAACUUUAAAUGUCAUGGAUAAACCUUCGGACUUGUAAGAAAGAAUUUUUACUUCUUGUUAAACGACUUAUGGUACAGUUUAUAAUAAGCGGCUAUCUUUGUUAUUUUCAAUCGUGGAAAUACACAUGUUACCGAAGCGUAUAAAGUCGGCCACCUCGUCUGGACCUCGAAACAACGUUAACAGAAUGCAAGCUUCGAUCACGCGUAUUAAUUCGGAUGCGGAAGAAUUCGAAAUUCCAGGCAAUUCGCGGCGGACCGAUGGAUGAUCACGUUCGAACUUAAUCGCAUUCGAACUGAAACAACCCGAUUUACCCGAACGAAGAGUAACGUUAAUUCCGUACAAUAUCCCAGAACAAAGCAGCACCCAUGGCCAGGCGUUAUGGAAUGGAUUGGGCAUUUUAAACCACGUUUAAAAAUUAUAGCUACCUAUACAACACCAAGUAAUAUAUAUAUAUAUAUAUAAAUAUAUAUAUAUACAAAUUCUAAUAUAUAUAUAAAUAUAUAUAUGACGAUGAUAAUAUUAUAUAUAUAUAUGAAAAUAUAUUUAAUGAAUGUUCCUAUAUUUAUACUAUAAGUACAUACUAAGUGUAUUAUAUUGAUAUUCGAUGGCGAUUUCAGGUUUUUACCAAGCAACAACAAAAUAAAAAAAUUAAAUGUCUGUUUAGAUAGUAGCCGUACUAUCGGGUUAAUUUAAACGAAUCGGAAGAGAGUGAGAAAAAUAACGAAAAAAAAAAAAGGGAGAUAGGUAGAGAGAAAGGGAAAGGCUAAAGAAGCGAACGUGAAGCGAAGAAUGAUAUCGAUGCAAACGAUAGAGAAGGGUUAGACGAAGAAACGAUAUAAAAUACGCGACGAGCCUCGAUGAUUCGAGAUUUCGAAUCGAUCGUCGUGUAAUUUUGAGAUUAGACGAAGGUUAGAGGAAGAAUGCUUGAAAGCGGGUUUGUGUGUGUUGGUGACGAGGCGAGGGUCUUCCUAUACUGACUGAACGAUCAGAUGUGAUAUACGCAUAAGGAUUAAUUAAUAAUUAUUUACUCCAAUCGUAUAUAUAUAUAUGUAAUUAAUAUUAUUAAUAUGGUUAUGAUAUACAAACAUUAUAUCUAUAUAUUGUGUAUAGGUAGAUAGGAACAUAUACAAUGUUUUUAACUGGUUUAUCUAUGUUCCGAGGAUAUAUGCUAAGUGUAUUUAGGUAGGAUGUUGUAAGAAGGUCUCUCGGCGUUAAUGUUUAAUCGAUAGAGACCACGCAAGUGAUUAAAACCGCGACGAACCGAUCCUCGCGACGAAAAUACCACUGUUCCUCUGAAUUAUUUAAUUAUAUAUCGGUUUCUUAUUCGGGUCUCGCUACCAGGAAGACGACGGUUCUUUUAAACGUUGCUCGGAAAUAACUCGGAAAUCCAUUUAAUGCAAAUUUAACAAUUCCAGAGAUUUUAGAAUUCUACGAAGUAGAACGGAAAGCAAGAAAAUAGUUGAUUGUAAAUAUUAAUUUCACCUGUAAUUUUUAAGCAAGUUUUUCAAAGAGGCGUCACCCGUUUCACAUUUCCGAAUCUUCCGAAAUUUAUUCAAUCUUUUUUUUGUAUCAUUUUUCUCCUUUAAUAAUGAAUCGUGUUCCAUACAUAAAACGAAUUCGACAAGCAGAAUGCGUUUCAAGUUUGUUUGUACGAAAAUAGUAAAGAAAAUCGUAAGAAGGGAAACUAUAAAAUUCUUCGCACUACGUCCUGUUACAUCGAAACGCAUUGAUAUUUUCGUCAAUUUUUCAUUCAAAAUUUUACGUUAAAAAAUUACUCAAACUCGAGUAACGACAUAAAAUUACUAAUAUUAAUUUACGAAUCUAUUCUCAGUUAUCGAUUACGUGCAAACAAAAUCUGGCACGUGAUUCAAUUUAUAAAAACGCUUUAAAAUAAAAUUUCAAAAGCCAUCCUUCAAAGUAUCAUCGUCUUUCUACGAAAGUCAAAAUCGUGAAAAUCUUCUGACCCGAAAGCUAGCGUUUCGAUCGGGUUUGCGAAAAUCGGAUCGUUCGUGACGAGGACCAGUUCCUCGCGGAAGCACAGCGAACCGUGCAGGUUCAUAGGGAAAAGAAAGAGGCAGAAACAAUUGGGGAGUGUUUCGAGUUUAUGCGUUCCGUGCAAUAACAGUUUGCUCAAUCCUCGGUGUCCGUCGGUCCGUCCGUACGGAACGACUACUCGUAGGUUUAAAACGAAGCACACAUACACGACACAGAUACAACGACAGAUCGCACACACGGAGUAUCGCACAUACGCGCACACACACACACACACACAAAACGAAAACACACACGCACUCUCUCUCCCGGUACAAACAUCCACACACAUUCACACACACACGCGCGCGCGCGCGUGUAAUUCGUGUAUAGAGAACAGCAGAAGUAGUAGCUAGCUCGACUCGUUAACGUAGCCAGACAAUUUUCGAACGUAAUAGCCGGAAACGGAAACUUUAAUCUCCUAUUUCAAACCUUCCUUCGAGUCUCUCGAUGUCUUUUCGGUGUCUAUUCUAAAGAGAUUUAAGCGAAAAAAAAAAUAAUUAAAUAGUACAUAUAAAAAUAUAUAAAUAUAAUAGAUAUAAAUAUAAAUAUGACAAGGAUAAAAAAAAAACCCUGCGAACGAUUUCAGCGUUUAGCUUCGUCUGUGUAAUAGUACGUACGAUGUCUACGAGAAUAAAGUGAGAUUCAAGAAACGCUAAAAAAAAGUAAAAAAAAAAAAGGAGAGAGAGAAUGGAGUAACGUAUAAAAAAGAUACCUUGGAACCCGUUCGCACGGCGUGGUUGCAAAACGUAACACAUCCACGUUCCGACGAGGCGUGCGCGCGCGCGCGCGCGCCUGCACCAAAGGCGUAAUAAUCCUCGACUGUUCCGCCAGAAAUAUAUACAAAAUUUGUUGAGGCCGUGGAAAAGCUUCGUAAAUCGAAAUAUAGAUGUAAAGAUGUAAAGAAGAUCCCGAUCUUCUGACAACGACGGAAGCUGAAGCGGAAGCGGAAGCGGUGCGGCGCGCGUGCACGCCACGGUUCCCACGCUAUUUCGGCAAAAUUAAUCGUAGUUGUAUCACUAAACCUUUUUCCUAAUCUUCUCUCGACUUCUCGUUACCCUAGCAAUAACGAACGAUUACGGCUAUCGCUGUUUCGUCCUCGAAAAGCGAACGUUCUUCCCGCUGCUGGAACUGUUUGUAAAUCCAUGGCACGAAUGUCCGCCGCUUCGUCGUGUAAUUUUGCUGAAAUAGAGAUCGUCCCGUUACUAAUCCUGCCGCCAAGUAGAAAGGAGAAAAGAGAAACAGAGGUGCGUGGAAGCGUAAAGAGUACGAGGAUCCAUGAGAAAACGAGAAAUUGAAAAGAGAUGAAACUCGAUAAGGGGGACGAAAGAAGAAUCGUUUCGCCGUUCUCGGUGAGAUUCGUUCGAGUAGCCCCGCCGAAAUUUAUACUCGUCUCUGCCCCUUAAAUCCGAGGCAACCCUCUACCGACCCGUCGAUGAAACCCACCCCCGCCUUCACCCUUCUGUGUCGAAGCUUUAACGAAAGUCGAUUUUGCAAUCACACUUAGCCGGUUCGCGAGGAUGUUUGAGUAAUACGGCGCGAUCGAGAAAGAAAAAAUUAAAAAUGAAAAACGAAAGAAUGGAAGAAGACGAAGAUGGGAUGAAUACACACACAACACAUACACACAUUUCGUGGCCGUACUGUCGUAAUUGUUUGUCGUACCUACUGUUAGAUAUUAAUGAUUGUAACUUGUAAUAAUUAGCGUAAUUUGACGAAUUGAGGGGGGCGGCACGUGCGCCACGGGUGAAUACCAGGAGGAAUUAGAAAUUGGAAACGCGCGACGUGGCGCACGUGGUCAUACCGCCCCUCCACGUGGAUGUUAGAGAUAUUUUUCAACUUGUACUAAAUGUGAUAAACCGAUGAAUUGACAAUGAGCAAUCUAACUGUAAUAUAUAUAUAAACAUUAUAUUAUAUAUAUAUUAUAUAUAUAUUAUAAAUACGUGUCUGUCGUACAAGCCGUGAAUAGGUUUUACCGUAAAUAGUUACGUGUUAGCUUAAUUGAUUGAUUGUACACAUGUCGAGCGAACGAACGACGUUUCUUUCUCUACGUAACGUACAAGCGAGAGGCUUAUAAGUAAAAAAAGAAAAAAAAAAGACAAGAAGAAAACUUCGAAAAAAAAGAGAAACAAAGGGGAGAAGAGAGAAACGCGUGGGAAGAAAAUAAAAAGAGGCGAUAAGAGAGGAAACAGUGGUGAUGAUAUCGCAGGCCGUCUCGAAAUCUGUCCACGAAUUUUUCCAAUGACGCUGGGCGCUGUCUUCGAGAUACGUGCCACGCUCGCUUCUUGGUUAAUCGAUUAAUUAAUUAAUUAGGGAACUGGCCGGAACGGGCUGAACGAACUGCAGCCAUGUCCUUUCUUCUAUUUUAAUUUAACCGUGACUCGAUUACAAGUUUUUAAUGAAAUUAUUUCUUACUUAAAUUUAUAUCAUGCACGCGCAUAGUUGGCUAAAUUGCCUUUAUACGCGCAAGUUACAUACAGGAAAAUCGAUGCGCGAUAAACUCGAGAUUAAGUCUUGCCUUAAAAAUUUUUGUUGAAUUUUGUAAAUAUUACUCGAUUUUUGCCUAGAUUGGAUCUAAUUUGAUACUUUGAGACUAGUUAACUUAUCAAAUUGAGUUGGUUUUCUAAAUUCAAGCUUGUAAAACGUACUUAAACGAGACACGUAGAAAUGCCAGAGAACAAUGAUAAUCGUAAGAUCAAUUCUGUUUCUAGUAACACAUUUCUGAUCUCUUCCAGAAUAAUUAUUUUUCAUUUAUCAGUACCAAGCCAGAAAUAAUAUUGGAAAAUAUUUCUGAGUAAAAUAACGUUCGCUAAAAGUACAUGCCUAUCGUGUUUUUUCUAUCUUUUAAAAACGUUGCUUGGAUUAAACAAAAAUUAAAGAUAUACGUUUAAUAUUCAUAUUAUAAUUUAUUAUAAUCCUGCCUAAAAUUUUAGCGCUAAUAUACAUAUUAUGUCAGCAUCCCUCAAGAGUUAAAAUAUUUCUAUAACAGCAUCUACAUAUUCAAACUUGCUCGCAAUACGCGACUCUUUAUCAACGAAUUUAUGUUUUCUUCUUUUCCAACUUUUUAACAAAAAUGUCGAGUAGCUAUUAAAAACAAAAUGAAAGAAUAUCGCGCGUGUUUUUCUUCGCGCCAUUUCUUGCUAGACGUCAAAACUGGCAACAGGAUGCCGUCAGCCCAUUCACGGUAACCGCGUUCGAUAUAUUACGUAUGUAUGUAUAAAUAGCCGUUGUGUGUGUGGUACAAAGCUGCGAGUCUCAUCUGAAUCCGAUCCCAUCGACCGCGAGAUCGUCGAUCAUCACGGAUCGGCGAUCGAUCGACCGACCAAGCUGACGGUACGACGACUACGAAGCGGCGUGUAAAAUUUAAUUCUAGCGUUACCAUGAACCGCCAGUCACGGCGCCCCACGUCAAUGGUACGCUUUAGAAGGAAGAAGAGAAAAAAAACGGUGAAAAAAAAUAACGGGGGAUAAAAAAUACUGUGUAAAGGGGGAGAAAAAAAAAGAACUAAUAAUAAUACACUAUUACUGGUACAUUAUUAUAUACAUUGUAACCAAUUGUUGUCUACGAUAUAAUGUUAUUUUUCUAAUUCAUAUUCAAUUGUUAUCGUUGAGAGCGAGAGGGAGAGAGAGGGUGAGAGAAAGCGUGAGAGAGACAAACACGAGGGCACACACGAGAAUUUUUAAGGAAGAAGAAACGAGAGAGAACCUAGCAGGCGGCCGCUGUAUGCGUAGAUCCCGCACAUCUUUGCACCUUUACUCCUGAUGCUACUUCCGAUACGGCCGCCAUUCCUUCCGAUCGUUCGUUUACUGCGUGAUUAUAAUUUCAUGUCUCGUUUUUUCUCUUUCUAGAUUGGUCUUCGUAAUUGGCAAUAUCCUUCGAGUUCGUACAAUUCGUUUUUCCAUUAUUUUUCUCGUGUGUUAUUUUUGCUUUACAUAAUUUAUUUUGCAAUUACACGGCUGUAAAGUAUAGGUACUUGUUACUAUGGAAUAUUUUUUUAUAGAAGGAAGAUUAAAAUUAUUAAAAUUUUUUUAUAUUUAUAUGUUUUGUGAUAUGAAAGCGUUUUAAAGGAAAUUUGAUUGGCAAAUAUUGGAAAUUUAUAAAUUAAUUUUAUCGAUAUAUUGUUCGUGUUUUAUAGCCCGAAUCUGAUGCAACUCGUGUAUAUAAACGCACAUAGUUUCCUAUUAUUAUUAUUUUAGCUUGAAAAUCAAUAAAAAGUACACCGCAGAUCGCAACAUUUAUACACUCGAGUAGAAUAUUGCCAGAAUAGACAGACGCCAUAGCAUGACAGAAGUCUGACCAAUCGUAGUUUUCGCUACUGGCAACCAAUCUCUUAAAACAACAUAUAACAAGAGAAGAGUCUAAUUUUCUACAAAUUAUAUCUAUUCUCUUUCCAUUUAUUUAUUACCUUCGCCAUAAUUAUAGUUCGAUCUUUCAUUCGGUAAACUACGAAAAGAAAAUACAAGCGGACAAAAACAUGAAAGAAAAAGGUAAAGGAGAGAUUCUAUGAAAAAUGAUUUAUUUAUCGGGGCAAACGUCGUGUAGCAGAAACGACGAUCGACGAAUCGAUGGCCGCUAAAGACUAAUUGAUAGAUCGGACCCUUCUCCCCUCCUUAGCCCCUCUCCUAGCCCUGAGCUUUCGUAGAUGGAUGAUGCGAGGCGAAACAAAAGCGGUAGCGACGCGUAAUUAGCAAAAGAAUGCUAAUGUCGGGCGGCGCGCUGGUCUGUGAUAAAACAAAAAAAAACUAAAAAAAAAAAUAGAAAAAAUGUGAAAAAAAAGAAACAAAACGUCGCGGGCGUGUAUUGUAUUUUUUGUAAGGCUCGUUCGUGCCAGAUUUGUGAUAGCCAAGUCCGCGGCAUCCUCGAUUAAAUGGACGAUGACGAUGGGCCGGCGUGCCACCGGCGCGAGGGAAACAAAAUGUCGAUUAGACAGAGCGUCGGACGAAAGAUGGACGGGGGAUCGCUUGAGUUCUUUUAAAUCGUGACGAUUUUCUUCCGCGAAGAAAAGAAAAAAGAAAAAUCCCUGUACUUUGUGAUCCGACGAUUUUAUUUUGCUCCUUAAUGAAGUUAUUUUAAGUAAUUUUGAAUUGUCGCAGUUAAAGAAUCGUACUGAAGUAACGUGUAAUUAGUAUCGUGAAAAGUAUGGAGUUGGAGCUUUGUGUCGUUAAAAACACUAAGAUGUUCUCUUCCAUUCGUACAAUUUUGAGAUUUUUUAAGGCUCGAAGAUUUGUUAGCAAUCUAUAAAAUUAAUAGUUUCGUUAGUUUAAGAAACGCAAUUAAAUUUCUAGUCUUUUUUUCUUUACAAUAUCCUACGUAAACUUACGAUUUGUUAUACAAUAAUUAAUAAAAUCGUACACUACUUCCCUUAACAAAUUAUUAAUUCAAUUAUUAUUACACAAAUAGUAUAUAAAUUUCGAGUAUCUUAAUUACCGAAAUCCAAAUCGAAAUGAAAGAAACAUCAAACGUCUGAUUAAAAUGUGUCAGACUCCAUACAUUUUACUACUGGAAUCUAUCUUUAUUUCUUCGUAUUCAAAUGUCGAAAGAGCAAUACUUUUCAACGAAUUGAACAUCCGAGCAAAGUAAACUCGAAGAAUCGCUAAUAAAGGAACGAAUAUCUCUUAAAAACGAUAAAAGGAAACGAGAUAAAAAGAAAGAAGAGAAUCGUCACGGAGGAAACAAGUCGACACUAUACUUAUUUCCAGUCGGUGAGACUGGUAUGCGAGGAAGCCUAAGUUUACUAAUUGUAAGCAGCAUGCCGCGUUUCGCGUUACUUUAAAAAAAAAAAGCCGCGAGAAACGAUAUUGAAUUUGAGAUUUGGUGCGUGUACGUGUGUGUGCGUGCGUGUGUGUACGUGUGUGCGUGAACGCGUGUAUUGUUGUUGAAUCCUGGUAUCCACGAUGCCAAAGAUGUAAGUCAUGUAAUAAAGUUGUGGCUAAGGUACUAUGGUAACGUCAAUGAUAACGAUAAACAACGGUGAUAAUCGUUAUUGCUAUCUUGUAACGUUUAAUGUAUAUCAGUGUCGUGCAAAAAAAAAAAAAAAAAUUGAGCGGCUGAGCUCCUCGGUGUUGUGGGUAUACAUACUCGUUCCUAGCAACUCGUAUGACAAUUACUACUCGAUACACUACUCAUAACAUUGCAUUGAUCUACUUUACUCUACGUACUUCAAAGAUAAAUAAAUACAUUCUGUCCAAUCUCAACAA